AGAGCCAAAAUGUUUUAUUCUCCCACACACUGUGGACUUGUUUUCUAUAAUAUGAAAUCCAUGGAGCCUCUUCUCAUUUUCUCACUGUGGACUCUCAUCCACUGCUUGGAUUUUGUUAAAGCUGCUACUCUCAGCAUCCAUCCCAGCAGGUCAGUCUUCUUCUAUUAUGAAACUAUGACUCUGAGCUGUGCAGUGCCAGGCAGCUUCAGCAGCUGGACAGUGAAGAGAAACACCUCCACAAGGUCUUCUGUUUCAUGUGAGACCUGGGGCCAAUUAAAUGGGUCAUCCUGCACCAUCAAAGGUGUCUACCCAUCAGACAGUGGAGUGUACUGGUGUGAGUCUGACAGCGGGGAGUGCAGCAACACCAUCAACAUCAGAGUGGCAACUGGUGUGAUCCUGCAGGGUCCUGCUGUUCCUCUGACUGAGGGAGACAGUGUGACACUAAACUGCUCCUAUAAGGAAAAAUAUGCAAAGGAGUCUACGUCCAAUUUCAAUGCUGAAUUCUACAGAAAUGGUGCUUUUAUUGGAAAUAAGUCUGAAGGAAGGUUUACCUUUAUCCAUGUGUCCAAGGAGAACGAAGGCUUCUACAAGUGUGAACAUCCAACAAAAGGAGAGUCACCGGAGAUCUGGCUGGAAGUGACAGCUCGAGCUCCGUCUACGACUGCUCCUCCUCCUCUGAUGUCUCUUCCCAGGCUGGCGUACACAAUCUUUUUGUUCAUCCUGUUCACUGGUAUACUGAUACUGUAUAUAUCCAUGCACCAAAAGUUCACUCAAGGUCCCACUGCACCUCCUGCAGCUGAAACCGAGGCAAAAAUGAGAGAGUCUGAUCGUCUCUGACUGGAGUGUCUGAGGAUGAAGAUAACGACGAACAAUAACGAUCAAUGUAUCACCAGGAUUAAAGUAAUUUUCUUAUUUUGAUUUACUUCUUUAACUUUUUUUAACUUCUUAGCAGCUGAUGUUUUCCUUACACUGUUACCUCAUGAUUUAAUCUGCUGUUUGUGCUGAAAACUGCAUAAUUCUUAAAUUUGAUGAGUUUUUUGUUUAAAAGACUUUUUGGUCAUCUGUCUUCUUGGUUUAUGUGUCUUGUUUCUUGUCCAGUCUGUCAUGUGUUUUUUGUCUGUGUUCCAUAUUGUCAAGCUUGUGUUGUCAUGUCUAUGUCUGUCCAUGUUUCCUGUUUUAUUUUGAAAGUCUUGUGUUUCUAUGCUAAGUGUGCUUAAUUUUACUUUUCCCCUGUGGCGUCAUUUUGUUCAUUUGUGUCAGCAGUGUCUCCCCAGGUGUUUCCUCUUCCCUCAUUGCCCUCCUGUGUAUUUAUUCUGUGUUUUCAUUCAGUCUUUGACGGGUCGUCUCAGUUGCUUCCCUCCAUGCCACAUUAAGCUCAGGUCAUGCUCAUGCUCAUGCUCAUGCUCAUGCUCCAUGUUCAUGUUUUUCCCUCAUAGCUUCUCGCAUGCUUCUGCCCUGAAUUAUGUUCAUGUCUUUUGUCACAGUUGUCAUAGUUUAGUUUCUUCCAGUUUAGACUUUAGUUUAGUUUUUGUCCCUGUUUACUGUACCUUGUUUUUUGGACUUAUGUUAUCAGCCUUAAUAAAGUGCUCACUCUUUGUUUAUUCAAAUUGCGUUCUACAUUCAGUUUUUUGUCUGCAUUUGGGUCCACUAUUUGCUCAACACACAGUCAGCGGACAAUUGUGUUCUUAUAAAUAAACAAAUGUAUCGUUAUCUUGUUAAUUACUUAAGCAGCUCCAUGUU